AGCGCGCGGCGGCUGCUGUGGCGGCGGCGGGGCGAGCUGGGCGCAGACGGAGGGCGCGGGGCGCGGCUGCCAUGGGCGCGCAGUGACGGCGCGCAGGGCGAUUUUCUCGCGCGGAGCCCCGGGGCUGGCGGCGCGCGUCCUCGGCCACCAUGAAAGACGACUUCCCUGAGGAGGAGGAGGUGCAGUCCUUCGGUUACAAGAGGUUUGGUAUUCAGGAAGGAACACAAUGUACCAAGUGUAAGAAUAACUGGGCACUGAAGUUUUCUAUCAUAUUAUUAUACAUUUUGUGUGCCUUACUAACCAUCACAGUAGCCAUUCUGGGAUAUAAAGUUGUAGAGAAAAUGGACAAUGUGACAGGCGGCAUGGAGACAUCCCGGCAAACCUACGAUGACAAACUCACAGCAGUGGAAAGCGACCUGAAGAAAUUAGGGGACCAAACUGGGAAGAAAGCUAUCAGCACCAAUUCCGAACUCUCCACAUUCAGAUCAGAUAUUUUAGAUCUUCGCCAACAGCUUCGUGAGAUUACAGAAAAAACCACCAAGAACAAAGACACACUGGAGAAGCUGCAGGCUGGUGGGGAUGCGCUGGUAGACAGGCAGAGCCAACUGAAGGAAACUCUGGAGAAUAAUUCCUUCCUUAUCACCACUGUAAACAAAACCCUCCAGGCAUACAACGGCUACGUCACGAAUCUGCAGCAAGACACCAGUGUGCUGCAGAGCAACCUGCAGAACCAAAUGUACUCCCAUAACGUGGUCAUCAUGAACCUCAACAACCUGAACCUGACCCAGCUGCAGCAGAGGAACCUCAUCACCAACCUGCAGCGAUCAGUGGAUGACACCAGCCAGGCGAUCCAGCGCAUCAAGAAUGACUUCCAGAACCUGCAGCAGGUUUUCCUUCAAGCCAAGAAGGACACCGACUGGCUGAAGGAGAAAGUGCAGAGCUUGCAGAUGCUGGCUGCCAACAAUUCCGCCUUGGCCAAAGCCAACAAUGACACCCUGGAGGAUAUGAACAGCCAGCUCGGCUCAUUCACAGGUCAGAUGGACAACAUCACCAGCAUCUCACAAGCCAACGAGCAGAACCUGAAGGACCUUCAGGACUUGCACAAGGACGCAGAGAACAGGACGGCAAUCAAGUUCAGCCAGCUGGAGGAGCGCUUCCAGCUCUUCGAGACAGAUAUUGUGAACAUCAUUAGCAACAUCAGCUACACGGCCCACCACCUGCGGACGCUGACCAGCAAUCUCAAUGAAGUCAGGACCACUUGCACGGAUACCCUGACCAGGCACACGGAUGACCUGACCUCCUUGAAUAAUACACUGGCCAACAUACGCUUGGAUUCUGUUUCUCUCAGGAUGCAACAAGAUAUGAUGAGGUCGAGGUUAGACACUGAGGUAGCCAACUUGUCAGUGAUUAUGGAAGAAAUGAAGCUCGUGGAUUCCAAGCACGGUCAGCUGAUCAAGAAUUUUACCAUACUGCAAGGUCCUCCUGGCCCCAGGGGUCCAAAAGGUGACAGAGGAUCUCAGGGUCCUCCUGGUCCAACCGGCAGCAAAGGACAGAAAGGAGAAAAGGGGGAGCCUGGGCCUCCGGGCCCCGCCGGUGAGAGAGGCCCAGUUGGACCAGCUGGGCCACCUGGAGAGCGUGGCAGCAAAGGCUCCAAAGGCUCCCAGGGCCCCAAAGGCUCCCGUGGGUCCCCUGGGAAGCCGGGCCCUCAGGGCCCCAGUGGAGACCCAGGCCCUCCGGGGCCACCUGGCAAGGAGGGACCCCCUGGCCCCCAGGGCCCUCCUGGCUUCCAAGGACUACAAGGCACCGUGGGGGAACCGGGGGUGCCCGGACCACGAGGACCACCAGGCUUGCCAGGGGUAACAGGCAUGCCAGGACCCAAGGGCCCCCCUGGUCCCCCAGGGCCAUCAGGAGCAGCGGCCCCUCUGGCUCUGCUGAAUGUACCAACCCCAGUACCAGAGGACAAUGGCUGCCCACCCCACUGGAAGAACUUCACAGACAAAUGCUACUAUUUUUCGGUGGAGAAAGAAACUUUCGAGGAUGCCAAACUGUUCUGUGAAGACAAGUCUGCACACCUCGUUUUCAUCCACACGAGGGAGGAACAGCAAUGGAUAAAAAAGCAGGUAGUAGGGAGAGACAGUCACUGGAUCGGCCUCACCGACCUGGAGCAGGAAAAUGAGUGGAAGUGGCUGGACGGGAGCCCUGCAGAGUACAAAAACUGGAAAGCUGGCCAACCAGAUAACUGGGGUCACGGCCACGGGCCUGGAGAAGACUGCGCUGGGCUGAUUUACGCUGGGCAGUGGAACGAUUUCCAGUGCGAAGACAUCAACAACUUCAUUUGUGAAAAAGACAGGGAGACAGGAGUAUCACUGGCAUUGUAAUGGACCAUGAGCAAAUCUUCAGGCAGUUUCUCCAAAGCAAAGGAUGCUCCCCUUGGACUAUAUCAGCUUCUCACCAGAAGGGGAAAAGGCACUGAAAACCAAUCACUGAAAAAAAUAGAUGGCUGCUGUUUGCCAUUACCCAAGAACUUGGGAACCAGUAUGUCCCCUCAGGGUGACAUGUUGAUUUUCAGUGUGCAGAUGGACUGAAUCACAUAGAUUUUUCUCAGCCAAUAACUGUGCAAUUACACAAAGUAUCUUCCAAAGUAUGAAAUGCUCCAAUCAGAAAAAGACCACCGUUGGUUGUUGAGCUGUGGGAAGAACGUAAACAUACACUGUGUAAACAGUACCUUAACAUUUCUAAAAUCCCAAAUAUAGGAAAACUAUGCAAAUAUACAGAUAUAUAGGCCAACUCUUAGAUGAAAUAUACUUAAAGAGCUUUUAAAACUUUGUAUUUUUGUACAAAAUAUUUGCCUUUUACAAUUUUCUUUUGUUUUUUGUUUUUGUCAUUUUACCAAUGUAAUACAUGGAGCCAAAGAAAACAAUGAUGGUACUAAUAAAAUCUCAUAGGGUUUCUUGUCA